UCCCAUGGCUUGUGGGCGGACACACACACACACACACACACUCACAACACAACACAGCGCGUGCUCUCGCGCUAUAAAUAUUUUCUGCUUUCGUGUUGAGACCAGACGCGCCUCCGUUAAGCGCGAGCAUUCGAGCAGCAUGGAGAGUAAGGAGCCGGAAGAGAGCUCGGAGGAGGACCUGGACAGCGUGAAGGCUCUCACCGAGAAGCUGAAGCUGCAGACGCGCAGACCCUCUUACCUGGAGUGGCAGGAGCGCGUGCGCAGCGGGUCGUGGAACGGCUACCGAGGCGCGCGUGAGGCGACCGUAACCGCAGAGCGCGAGGACCGCGAUGGCCCGCGAGACAUCUGCGGAUUCCGGUCCAUGGACGAUGCGCUGCAGUGGCUGCGAAAUGAACUGAGGGAAAUGCAGCUGCAGGACCAGCGGUUGGCACGUCAGCUGAUCCGUUUGCGUGGAGAGCUGCACCGUCUGAAGGUGGAGCGAGUGUGUGAUGGGCAUCGGGAGAUGCUGGACGAUGCCGCGCUGGAGCUGGAGGAGUGCGGUGAGGAGUGUGACCUGCUGUGUGACGUGCCUCUCAAGGCCGCUUUCACCCUGUCCACACCGCUCAAACACCUGGGCCUCACCAAGAUGAACCUCAACGCCCGCCGUUUCUCCCUCUGCUGAACACCUCCAGAUCCUUGGAGACUGAAAGAUCUCACAAGCUACAGACAGACCAUGUAACAGGCUUCUGGAAGUUUUGUUCACAGCUCCUAAAGAUCUGUAGCUUUAAUGACAUUCAUGUCCUUCUGAACACUUCUGAAAGCCAUUCGCUGGAGAUGGGAUCUGCAGCUUACAAAAGAUCUCAGAAGCUUACAGCUGAGCUUACAUAUUUGAACUCAUGGAGAUCAGGGCCCUGUGGUUUUGCUAAUCUUCAAGCGUUGAAGCUCAGCAAAAUCUUAAGAUUCUCUCUGCCAGAGAAUGUGAUGCCUUUAAAACUUCUUAAAAUUCAGAUAUAUCACAUCUGACAUCAUAAUAUUAAAUUCAAGCACUACAAGGCUUCCACUCCUGGUCUUGUGCUUAGGCUGACCCAGACCUCCAACUUCCUCUCAAGUUGUGGUGUGACAAAAGCACCCUUGUUGAUAAACACAAGUAACCUGAAAGCAAAUAAAGAUCAUUAAAUAUAUAUAUAAAAAGAUUGGUGGCUGGAGAACAUUGUCCCCAAGGAAAUAAGCCAUAAUGUCUACCAAAGAUAAACUAAACCUAAGAUUGCGGAGAUUCAUCCUCUUCACCAUCUUCAACUCUACUGGGACUCCACUGACCGUCAUUUGACCUUAACACCAUGUCAUAAUGUCAUGGGUGUAAACACUCAACACUAAGAUCGUCAGUAGGAUUGAUCAGGAUCAUCAGAUAAGUGAAAAUUUAUUUAAGAUUAAGGUGUGUGUUCCGCUAAGGUCAAAAGCUUAAGGUGGAAACAUAGAAUUUUUUUUCAAGAUUAAAUUUAAAAUUUUACUUGAGUAUUUUCUCUAAUGAACAUUUUUGAAAAAUUAUAUAUUACUUAUAUUACACAGAUUAUGGUCAGGCCAUUUUAAAGAAGUGGUUCAAAUGACACCAAACAAAGGUCACAUUGCCUCCAUGUCCAUUACAGUACAUUCAUCAAUAUAUAGCAGAACAGAAUAUACAACAAAAUCACAAAUAAUGCCAUCAUUGUUUACAGAAAUCAAGCAAAAGAUCCCAUAAAAUACCCUAAACUAUAUCUGACAAAAAAAUGUAGGAAAGAGGCCAUUGAUCAUAGGGACUAAAUUCAGCACUGGUAAUACUGGCUUCUGAUUGGUCAGAAGGUGUUUUCUAGAAACCGUAGCACUGCCGCAGCACUGCCGUAACAUAGUGAGCACAGGUUGCUCACUAUGUUACGUGUUCAAUAGUCACCAGGACAUAAAACAUGUAUAAUUAUUGAUAUGCUUGUCUGUAAGGAAGUUUUUCUGUUUGUUUAACAUUUAUAAAUAGUGUCUCAAGUGGUAAUGCGAUAACUUUUCAGACAUGUUCAGGACAGAGGUGAUUAAUCUGUGUAGCUGUUUAUAGCUGAGUGAUAACAGGAACUGUAACAUUACAAUUAUAAACGGAGAGAACGUAUGAGACACUCCACUCCAAGGAAGUUCCAGCUUUAUGUACUUCAUUGUCAACACGAAACAUUCUAAAAUGGACCUGCAAAUAAUACAAGCUGUAAAUAACUUCAGCAGAACACUGAACCAAUCCGAGUUAUAAAGGAUGACCUGGACAUCAUCAUUCCCAUCAAGAUUGAAAUGUUAAAACAAACCUCAGGCAUGGAGCUGGACUGGUUCUCACUCUCUAUUCCUUCUCAUCCCCAUCUCUGGCUGUGUCCCAAAAAUCCAGCUCAGAAUUCCUGGACACGUCUACUGUCUACUGUAUGUGCUUUCUCACUAUCAAGCCUGUAUUCAUAAAGCUUUUUAAAAUGUCCAGUAUCACAUCUGUACAUAUCUGGACUUGUAAAUCCAUUAAAAAAGCAACUACAUGUGGAAUCCUU